GCCGCCGUUUGGGCCAGUCGUCUACUUCGCGAGCAUCCGCACACCGAACUUCGUGUAGUGCGCGAAUAUGAAGUGCAUAACUAUUUUUAUGUUGACUUUAACCGUAGCGCUAAAUGUUUUUGGAGCAGAAAUACAAAUCCGUGAUGAACUGCAAGCUGUAGCCGAGCAGAUAUCCAUCCUUAAGACGAUGCAUAAUACCGAUGUGUCCGAUAUGAAAAAGGACAUUGAUGAUCUGAAGCAAGUUUCGGCUAUCCACUCGACCAACAACCAUGAGCGCAACGAGCAUGCUACCCUGCAAUGGGCCAGGCGAUCAAUGGACGAGAUUCGAGUCGAGAUGCGUGAAUUGGAAGAAAGUGUCAAUAACUCCGUGCUCCUUCGUCAGCUUCAUGUCAUCCGAAACGAGUUGAAACAAGCCUUAAUGGAAACCUCAGAUCUGGCCCAACUUGCCCGCACCCAAGAAGCUCGUAUUGACAAAUUGGACAGUGAGGUCGGCCGCAUGAAGUACGAGGGACAACAGAUGAGGACCGUGAUCGCUGAACAACGCACUCACAUCAAUAAACUUUCGAAAGAGGUCAAGGCUAAGCAGAUCGCUGACAUGAAUCUUGAGAAUGAAAUCUUGGAACCAUUUGAGAACCGACCUGGACCCCUCAAGCCUGAGCGUAACCACAAGUACCGUCAUAAUAAGAUGGUCCAUGCCCAGAUUUCUCGGCUUGCUCAUUCUCAAGACCAGAUGGAUGAAUUCCAACAAAGUCUGCAAACCCAGAUCCUUGAUGUCCAGCGCCGAAUGGACCGAUUCGAGGAGCCCAAUUGGAACCUCCUGUCAGCUAAAGUUGAAUUUUUAGAAUUAGAAACCAAGGUCCUGGACGAUCACUUAAAGAACGUAACGCAGAAGGUUUCCGAUUUUGACAAGGUCCAUGCUUCGAUCUUGGAAUUGCGCGAAGAUGUCGAAAGCAUCGAAAACAAAGCUGAUAAAACUAUUCCCGAAUUCCGUAAGGAGAUAUCUAAAUUGGAUGUCAACUUUGCUCAGCUUAACGCGGCUUCGUCCUACUUCAAAGAAGACCAGGAAAAUCUGAGGCAGUCAGUGAAGGCAAUAGCAGUAAGCGUAAGCAACGCAAUCGACAGGGCUGAAAUGGACAGGCUGGUUAUGAAGAAAAUCAACGAAUCUGUGGAGGAACUCGAAGCGCGAUCCCGGCAACACUUCUAUCGGCUCAAUGAUCACAUCUUGAAGAGCGAAGCCAACCAUGACGUGAAUCAAACUGAAAGCAUCCCUCUGCCUGAAUUGAUGGGAGAAGUAAAAGAACUGCAACCUGUAGAGCGUGAAUACGAAGACCUCGUCAACCAACUCCCAAGGGACUGCUCCAGCAUCUCCGGGCCUGCCGGCGUUUACCUUAUCCACCCUGGCCAAGCACCAUUCGACACAUGGUGUGUCAACGGCAGCACCCUGAUUCAACGGCGCUACAACGGAUCUGUGGAGUUCAACCGGAAGUUUUCUGAGUACGUACACGGCUUCGGCGACCCGGCUUCGGAGUAUUGGUUGGGCCUGGAAUCAAUGCACCGGUUGACUGCAGAUAACUGUUCCUCGAUGCGCAUUGACAUGAGCGAUAUUUAUGGAGGAUUCUGGUACGCUGAAUAUGAACAUUUCUAUGUUGGUAGCGCUGACGCUGGAUACACGCUGGAAGUAGGAGGAUUCAAGGGAAAUGCGAGUGAUGCUUUUGAUUACCAGAACCAUAUGGAGUUUUCAGCAAUUGACCGAGACCGCGAUAUCUCGAACACUCACUGCGCCGGAAAUUAUGAAGGAGGAUGGUGGUUUUCGCAUUGCCAGCACGUGAAUAUCAAUGGAAAGUACACUCUCGGUCUGACUUGGUUUGAUUCCGUGCGCAACGAGUGGAUAGCCGUAGCCACGAGCGAGAUGCGCAUGUCUCGCCGGCCUGGUUGCUCUUAAAUAGAUCAGCCAUAAAUUAGAAUUCAUAAUCACGUAGUUAAUUAAUAACGAUUCAUAUAAUUAUUAAUAAUAUUCACUUUCAAUUAUGCCAAAGAUAAAAAAUAAGUAUGGGUAUUUUUAUUUCAUUAGAUCGAUUAGUUUCGUAGACAGUAUUAAUAUUUUUGACGUGUCGUUUUCUUAUUUCAACCUUUAUUUUACCGACUUCAGUUUUGAUACUUAGUUACAUUCCAUUUUGUACUUAUCUGAUUAGUUUUGGUGUGUCAAGGUGUAUUGAGUUUCGGGUGUGUACUUAUAAUUUAAAUUGUCAGGUUAGCCGUAUUCUUAGAGCGUAGAUCAAUCUAACGCCACAUACGGGUCUUUACUCGAAUGUUGACCAGUUCGACCCGGCAAACAAUUGAGUGCGUAACUUGCUUUGGAUUUACUUCUAGCUUGGAUGCAGACAACUUAUUGCUAAGUUUAUUUAUCUAUAUUUUCUUACUACUUGUUUUAAAGUUUGUAAAUAUAAUUUUAUUAGGCAAGAGAAGCCAUAUUCUGUUUCACGUUCAUGACAGACUUAGUCAAGGGAGUUGUAAAUGGUAUCUAAUAUAAGCAAUUAGCUCGUAAGGAUGAUUAAAUAAAAAGGCAUGAAAUGCUUUCACUUGAAGGACUUGUUUAAGAACACAUAACAAGGGGAUCGGGUGGUAACUAUUUAUUUAUUACAAUAUAAUUUGUCGAUGAAUUUUAUUACAUUUACGAGAUUGUUUUACAUUUCUCUGUUUUUGAUAAAAGACUGUCUGCUGAAAGCGCGUUUUGCUUUCGACAAUUAAUAUCAUUAUUGAUGUAAUUUAUUUAUAUUUGAUUGGUAUUGGCAUUUAUAAUAUGAUAAGCUAAUAAUAAAAUAUGUAAUAGCGUAAUUCAAUAUAAUCCAUAAAAAAUAAUAAUGCAUUUAAUCCAAAUACUCGUAGAAUGUACUCGUGACUCGUGUAUGACGUAACAUGUAGCGUCUUUAUCCAAAUUAUCUCUUUAUAAUAGUAAUAGUAUGCGCCAAAUGCGUAAUUUAAUUCCAUGUACCGAUCAAUAUUAUACCAAAUAAAGAUGAAAAAAAUA